GCGUCUAAGGUAAAUCAUACUCGAGUGAAAUAUUGAGUCCGCUCAUUACCUUGUGUGAGUAGACAGUUAGUAUUUAUUCUAAGUUUGAUCCCUCUUCUGAAGCUGUGCCGCAUGUCUUUUCACAAAUUACACCUCUGCUACUGGUUAGCCACCAUCGAUUCCAAUUUACUACCCCAUUAAUUACCCUCCUGCUUUGUUUCGCUAUGUCUUCUUUUGCAGACGAUACAUCUCCGUUAUCGACCCCUCCUUCGUCGCUGAGCGAGCAGGAGAAUGGGUCGAAGGCUGAAUUGGUCGUCGAGGAUUCCAUCUCUGAAAACCCGUUUGACAAUGAGAGUAGCAGGAUACUCUUCGAUGCUGUUGACCAAUUGCAGCAUUGUGGCGCGAGUCGCCAUGUCGCGAUACCACAACUAGUUAUUGUUGGAGGUCAAUCAACGGGAAAAUCCUCUUUGCUACGAAGCUUGACCGAUAUCCCUUUCCCUGUGGGCACUGGUUGCUGUACUCGAUUUGCCACUCGUAUCGUGUCAAAGCGAACAGCGCCUGGCACACCCAAUCAAUUCAAAAUCACUAUCGUUGAACCAGAAGUCAAGGUGGAAGGCUUUGUAUAUCCCCCAAACAAUGAUUAUGAGGACUACGUGCACAUGGGUGAAACCCUCACCGCCGAUGAGUUCGAGACCGUGAUGAAUGAGGUUUCAGCUAAUCACAUGGGGAUUAGGAGUGGCAAAGGACCCGAUAAGAAGAACUUUGCUACUCAAGUUCUCCGGGUUGAGCUCUCCGGACCCGCGCGAUCUUAUUUCAGCAUAGUCGAUAUACCUGGUCUUUUCGUGAACCCGAAUACUGUGAACGAAGGGGAGAUGCACGGGAUCCAAAGCAUGAUUAUUGAAUACAUGAAGAAACCGGAGAACCUUGUCAUAUGUGUCGCAGAUGCAGUAACAGACGUGGCAAACCAAGGAAUUGUUCACUUAGCCUCUUUGCAUGUCAGCAAGGAGCGUUGUGUUGGAGUGCUAACGAAAUGCGACAUGUUGCGCGAUGACGAAGAAACGUCUAGAAAAAUCGUCAACAUUGCGACAGGUCGAGAAGAACAUACCACUAAACCUAUAUGUGAUACGUGGUUCGUCGUGCGUAACCGUUCCAGUAAAGAGGACCGCUCAUUCGACCUCGCCCACGCCGAGAAGCAGCUGUUCGAGACAGCACCCUGGGAUGAGAUUGAUUCUGGGCGAAGAGGGACAUCCAUGUUAAGAAAACACCUCUCUUACCUCCUAUCUCAAGGGAUUCGUGGGAACUUUCCCGACAUCAGGGCCCGGAUUCAGGAACUACUCGCUAAUGCUCAAAAGUCACGGGCGGCGCUCGGGGAUGCACGACCAACACACACCGACCGUCUCAAAUAUUUACGUGAGAUCAUCGAAAGAUACGAGACUCAUGCAGCUCAUGCACUUGAAAGCCCUGGGUCGUUAGACGAGCAGCUGAGAGCACGUAACAUAGUCAAGGUUUCUAACGUUGAGUUCGCCAAGUUGAUGCUAGAACGUGGCCAUACCUACCAGUUUGAGGAUCCAGAUAUGGAUCCAUUGGCGGAAGUACUUAGGAUGAAGGACGAAUUUCCUGAUAACCUAUUCUUCUCUCAGGGACAUUCUAGACCUCCGUCUACCCCUCAAAAACACCAAUCUUUUCCAAGCGGUCGUACUCCUACUAAGAUUCCCGCCAAGGAUGAGAUUGGCAAAGAUUUGCGAGAGGAAAUUCGAAGAGAGCUACGCGCCUUUGAAGGCACACAGCUGUUUGGCCUGAUUAAUCCGCAAGUGAUCCCCACAUUAUAUAGGAAACAGACCCAAAACUGGCACAAGUACGCCCAUCAACAUAUCUUCACAGUUGCAAACCACGUGGCCGUUGCUGCAAAGGGAAUACUGGAGCUUGUGUGCCCAGCGGACCCCAUUUCCGGAAACCCUCGGCUUCACAACGGAUUGUUAAACGUCUUGCAAGAAUUCUAUGAAAAGUCAGGCCAAGCGACACUGCGCGAACUGGAGAAAUAUUCUGAUCGAGUUAGUUCUCACCUACUGCAAACUGAGAAUCCGAAAUAUUACGAGAGGCUCAAGGCAUGGCAAACUAUCCGCCUCUUGCGUUCUCUAGCUUCCGUAUCUCCGGAUUCAGAUGCAACCGCAAUUUACGAUCGUCUUCAUUACACCAUGGAAGACAACAUGGUCGAUGCUGUUCAUGACAUACUGAAAGUCUACUACCAGAUUUCUAUCGAGGCCUACACCCGACAUGUCACCCACAUCAUUGUGGAGAACCUAGUUUCAGGAACUAACCCGGAGAAAGGUCCGUUGAAAGGAUUAUCGAGGGAUUGGGUAUACUCGCUCGGGGAGGAUGAGGUGGAGCGUCUUACCCGCGAGGAUGAGACCACCAUUGCCAAGAGAGCCGAGUUGGAUAAACAGAUUAAUGAGCUACAGACAGCGGAUUCGAUUGCUCGGAACGCCACGGAGGCGACUAGCAAUCUCAGCUAGACUUAGUUAUACCCUUAAAGAACAAGGCCUACAAUAUAAUUGUAGUGUAAGUACAGAAAUGAAUGCAGGAAUGCUCAGAAAAGCAGACUUGAAUGAUAACUCAGGGUUUGGAAUCAAAUUUAAUCACAGGUAAAAUAAUCUAUCAUGACUAUCAAGUCCUAUAUUUCUAAGUGACGUACCUACAUAGGAAGUUACACGUAAUUAGGCCAGGCACUCACCUAGACCUCUAGUCUACACAAGUGAAUGGGCCUCCAAUAGUCGCAUAUGGUCCUCCGAUUGCGAUACCGAGGUCGCGAGACCACCUAAAGCAGUAGGCCUAUACUUGCAUGCAAAAGAGCAAAACGGAAUAUUGUUUGACAAUGUUUGGGGGGGUCUAGGAAGAUAGGGGACAAGACAGUUAUUGAUAGCUAGAUCACUUUUUGCAAAUAGCUCCGAUAAUAGCACUCUCACCAGCAUACUAGUGGAAACAACUGUAGAGCAAGGAUAGCCCAUUCAUAAUUAUUAGGUUCCAAAAAUUCCG